GGCCAGUUCUUUGAUACUCUGGUGCACAAUAUCCAUAAGUACCCAUUACACUAGACGAAACAUGGGUCUUAUCUCCUGUGGGUCCGAGUUUGGCAAGCCCAAAAUCAGAGAUCCUGGCAUUAAGUUAUUCGUCGAGGAGUAUGUUUGAUGAUUUCAAAUCUCGAUAUAUCACCAGUGCAUUAGCCUUAUCAUGCAAAUACUCCAACCCUUUUGUCGCACCCAAUGCUAUCUUCAUCCUCACGAACCAAUCUAGUGGCUUUCUUCCUCGUGGAAGAUCUACAGAAAAGGCACAAGAAUAAAAGGAAAAAGGAUAUAAUAUCACAAAAUAGGGAAACUAGAAGAUGAUCAAAGCAGUCAAAAUCGAGAUUUAAAUUCUAAAAUUCUACGAUUUUACAAUGUUAAUUACCCGUUGCGAUCCUGAUUUAACUAUAGAAUCUAUGGACCUUAAAAUCUUACGAUUUUAUAAUUCAAAUCAUUGGGUCAAUUUGACUUAUUUUCCCCUUAAGUUGCAAAUUUGGGCCUCUUUUCCUUCACUUCCACCCUAUUCAUCUGCUUCUCUCACACUAACCACCAUCGACCAUCAUCAAUUCUAAUUAAAGUAUUAAUCAUCAUCGAUUCACCACUUCCCAACAUUAACCUUGAGAUAUUAUCACUGUAAGUGUUAUGUGUUUUUGUUUUAUUCAUGAAAUAAUCAUCUUCUCCUUUAUUUGCACCCUUCUCUUUAAUUCUUGGAUGACUCCUCCUUUACAAGCUCCCUCAAGGUGUUUCUCUCACUAAGAACCCAAAAACUCUAUUUGAUCACUAUAGACCGACAUGUUUUUAAUAAAUGAGGGACUCAUCAUAUUUAUAGGCAACCAUGGACAAUGACUAGUUUGUGGCCUCAUGCGGAAGAUUGAGGUCAUGAAUAACGUUCCAAGCCCAAGAUCUAUAAACAUACAGUUCCUAGUUGAGCAGGAGGUGAUUCGCGGUCCCAAGAUCAUGACCGCAAACAAGAAGUCGCAGUUGCGAUUUUAGUCACAGGCUCAAAUGAAAAAAGCCGUGAUAUAGACCAUAAAACCAUCUACUUCUUCUUUGCGCAUAGCCUCUUUGAGAUAGAGACCUGGCGAUAAGAGAUUGCGGUUGCGAAAAACUGCCCAGACCAUGAACACUUCGCGUCCUAUGGAGAUCUCGACCAUGAACUUGAUAUCCCUAAACUUCAAACUUCUGCUUUUGCCUUCUUCCCUUUGCUCAAUGAAAUGUGAAAUUUUUCAGAUGAUCUCCAAUCCAAUCUCCGAUUGAUUGUAGACAACUACAAGACCUAGAAUAUCAUUAAAAAAAUGCCAAGCAAACAUAAAAUAUGACAAAGUGGGGAUAAAACAUGAUGAACUGAGGCUAUUUCCCUCUAGAAAAGCCUUCAUAGCAAAAUAAGUCUUGCUAAAACUUAUGAAUUAUGAAUAGGAACAUAAAUUAGCAUAUAUUAGCUUGCAAUGUGACCUAGACAUUAUGUUUUAGCACAAAAAUGCCUCGAUAAUAAAGGUCAGAUAACACCAAUUUGGAUGUUAUUAGUUAAUUGUUGGAAACUUCCUAGCAGUUUAUGAUAUGAUAAAUCUCCAUUUGGCAAGUCUAAUUUCAUUGUAAAGUACGAAGGAAAAUGCAUUCAAGUGAGAAGAGAUAUGUGCAUGGUUCCUAAGUUGACUCUUGGUGUAGGUAGAAGGAAUGGUUGUUUAUCUUGUUCUUGUUUUUUUUCUUCUUUCCUAACAUUUUUUUUUGUAUUUAUACUUUAGAGAAAGGGAUAAGGCAUCAUACUAGAUGAUGCAUAGAUGCAUCUUAUUGAGGAGAUUAUAUGCAUGAUCAUCUAGGAUCACUACCUGAACUUUACUUUUCUUGCUUGCAUUGCUUUUCAUUUACUUGCAUUAUUAGUCUGAGAUCUUGAACUAGGGCACCUCAAUCCAUUUCGUUUUACUUUUCUUUGCAUUACAACUUGAGCAUAUUAGGUUAGAUUUGAGUAGUUACUAUAAAACACCUUCUGAAAUACGAUCCUAGGAACUCCUAGGACUUUAUCACUUGAUUUACUUCAUCAAUUUUUUGGCACUGUUGUUGGGGAUUUUUUUAUAGUAAUUGAAAGAAUUUAAUCUCUUGUGUUUGAUUACUUUGGAAAGUUAUUACCUCAUUUUUUGUUUUGCAGGAAUCGAACUAGAGGGAAGCAUUAAAAGGCAUCCAAGUACAAUAAUAGUUGCAGCAUCACUCAAAGAAGAAUGGGUGCCUUAUCAUUAUUCGAGUGGUUUAGGCUAAAAUCAUCAAAGGACGAAGCAAGCAACAUUGAUCUUCCUCCAUUAUGCUACUCCCAACAAAGGGUAUUCGUGUCAAGUGGGAUUGUGAAGGAACAUAUCCAAAAGAUGCGAAGCUACUAGGAGAGAAGUAUGGAGAUUACCCUACUAUAGAGGAGAUGGAACAAUCUUUUGAUGAUCUUGAUGCAUUACGCCAGAUCACGUCAAAACCUCCUAGGAGCUUCAAUGCUAGCAUCAAGGAUGAAGGGCCAAAGCAAUUGCUAAUGGUUGCACCCCUUUAGGAGUGAAAGUAGUUUUGCCGCAAUACCAUACCUGCCUAUCUUAAACGACGUUAGGACAAUAUUUUGAAAGGAGGUAUAGUCUUAGAGUUGGACCCCAAUGUAGGGAAGGUUUUGCUACAUCCAUCCUUCCACCCUUGUUCUACCCCACCCAUCUUCGACCAUGCAUGCUUGCCUAGGAAUGUCCCUAUGCCAACCAAUACAAGCUUUUCCAUUAUAUACCUAUGUUUGCUCACUCUACCUCCAUUGUCCCGUUUCCACCCGCACCCCCCACCUCAUGUCCUUAUUCUUCAUGAUAUCUUCUCCCAAUAUUUGUAGUAUGAAACCUUGUGAAUGCAUGCGCGGUUCCAUGUGUUCGCUUGCCUUUUGAAUCCUUGAGCUUCAUAUGUCUAUCCAAUGCAUUCUUAUGAUAGUUUAGAAGUUAAAACUCAAUUGCAAGUGUUCUUAUCAUAGUUUCCACCCGUAAGGUUGGGAAAUGAAUUGACAAAUUCUAU